AUCAGUCGCUUCCAACUCGUUCGUCAGCAAGGACGUUCGCAGAGUACAAACAAAGAAAGUUCUGAGUAGAUCUAGCUCGGUCUGCACAGUGUCUGUUGAGAGUUAUUAGCAAAGUUUAAGGUUUUCUCUAUACAUAUCUUCACUGAGAAGAAGGAUUGUGUAACGUGAUCGUUUCGUGUUCGAUAAUCGCUUCAGGUCGUAUCUACGUGUGUGAUCUUGGGUGAUUGAAGAGAUCAAUUUUUUCAUCAUCCUCUGGUGACGAUCGGAAACUGGAUAUCAAGUGUCAUACUGUUUGCUGGAAGUUUUACGGUUCAAAUAGAACCAGCUGCAGAGGAAGCUAGUGAAGCACUAUAUACAAUCAAUAUAUUUUUUAUGUGUACCAAUUGGAGAGCAAGUGUGUGAUUUUUUGUUUUGGAAGAAGAAAAAGGAAGAUCCGCUUCCGGUGCGAAGAUUUUUUUUCGAGUGCAAAGGAAGUGAUAGGUGUAAAACUGGAACAAGCCAUUUCCGAUGGUAGUUUAAGCUUCGGGAUUAAGUCGUUACACCAUUCUUGCGUCACCAUGGUUCGAAGUCUGUCGCAGUGGACCAAAACGCUCAGCUUUCCGGCCCGGAUUUCGCCCAAUCGGAACUCGAAAGAGUGCAACGUAAACGUACUGCCAAUUACACCGCCUCCGGCACCUCCGAGGAACAAAUCGACCACUUCGACGACCUCGUCGUCGUCCAACUCGUCGACCACCUCGUCGCCUUCACCGCCACCGAACGUACCGAUCACGGAAAUCAGUCAAAUUAUCUACCCGGACCCGGAAUCAGAGAAGGCCAUCAUGGGAUCGCUGGUGUUCUGUAUCCAUCACAAGCAGGGCUGCAAGUGGUCCGACGAACUGCGCAAACUGAAGGCUCACCUGAACACCUGCAAGCACGAUGCCAUCCCGUGUCCCAACAAGUGCGGAUCGCAAAUCCCGCGGGUGAUGAUGACCGAUCAUCUGGCCUUCACCUGCAUUCUGCGUCGUGCCAUCUGCGAAUUUUGCAAUGUGGAGUUCACCGGACUCGGACUGGAGGAACAUGCGGGAACAUGCAGUUCCGAGCCGAUCUAUUGCGAAUCGAAAUGUGGAGCACGUGUCGUACGUGGCCGCAUGUCUAUCCACCGUGCCAAAGAUUGUGCCAAGCGGUUGCGUCGUUGUCCGCACUGUAGCCGUGAGUUCAGCGCCGACACACUUUCUGCUCAUGGAGCCACGUGUCCACGAAGCCCAGUGCCAUGCCCACAGCGUUGCGAUGCGGGCCCAUUCGCAAGGGCCGACCUGGAAGGUCACCUACGUGACGAAUGCAAAGCGCUAUCAGUACCUUGUACCUUCAAAGAUGCCGGCUGCCGGUUCAAGGGACCACGCCAUCUGCUGGAAGCUCACCUUGAAUCCAACACCUCCGCCCAUUUGUCACUGAUGGUUGCCCUGUCCGGUCGGCAGGGACAGCAAAUCAACAUGCUCAAAACUGCUAUGGCCAAACUCAGCACCAACUACACCGGUACUCUGCUGUGGAAAAUCACCGAUUGGUCAGCCAAAAUGGUCGAAGCCAAAAGCAAGGAUGGUCUGGAGCUGGUCUCACCGCCCUUCUACACCAGCCAGUACGGUUAUAAACUACAGGCUUCCAUGUUUCUCAACGGAAACGGCCCGGGCGAAGGAACGCAUGUCUCCGUGUACAUCAAGGUCCUCCCGGGCGAAUAUGAUGCUCUCCUCAAAUGGCCAUUCUCUCACUCAGUCACAUUCACCCUGUUCGAACAGGGUACCAUGGGAAGCCAGGGAGGAGUUGCAGAAUCAUUCGUACCCGAUCCUUCGUGGGAAAACUUCCAGCGUCCGUCCACCGAGCCGGAUUCCCUCGGGUUUGGAUUCCCACGAUUCGUGUCGCACGAGCUUCUGAACCGUAGGCCAUUCGUCCGCGAAGACACCGUGUUCCUGCGCGUCAAAGUGGAUCCCAGCAAAAUAGUCGCCGUAUAAUAAUGUAUUAUUCCUGUUGAGGAUAGAAGAAACAAAAGUAAAAGACUCUUAGUUUGUAAGCGUUACACCGAUUACCCACAACGAGAGAACAAUGAACUGCAUUUAUUCUAAAAUUCGCAUCCUGUAAAUAUAGUCGAGCGAAUCUUAUACACAUAAAUACUGAUCAGAGUAGAGUAGGUAGUAGGCAAGAGUAAAUCAUCUCUGUAAAUAAAGAAUCGAAUUCGAAGAGUUUGAUCCCACCCAAACGGUCUGGGUGGGACAACAACAUGCGGCUUUUGCACCAAAACUCUGUACACAUACGACGAGCGAAUGCAACAUCGAAACGAAUCAGCUUGACAAUCUCAAUUUAUUAGUUUACGAUUUUGUUAAUGUAUCGUUAAAUCCUUUCUUUUGCAGUUGUUAUAAGGUGCGUAUGUGCUCAGGAUUACACUACGACACAUUCUUGUAAUUUUCCUUCCCCUUUUUCCAACGAGGAUUGAAAACGGAAAAUACUACCGCUGGAAUCAUGCCAAAGUUUUGUUUGGAUGGCUUUGUGCGAGCUGACUACCCCAUCGCCCCCAACAGGAGUCAGGCAAAGCUUACAUCAUAAUCAAAAACUGUCCUCUCAUCAACUCUUCGCAUACCUAUGACUAUUAUUUCGAUCACAC